AUGCCGAUGAAGCAGCGGCUCCGACCCACCAUCCUUCCUCACUCGUUCGCCCCUCUACAACGCUGUUCACAACAUAGCUCUUUGACCAGUCAUCGAGACCAGCACCGCCGCUCACAAGAAAUCGUAUACACACCCCGCCUGGUUUCCUCACUUGCCAACUCGCUCGAAAUUAACAUUUCAGCCUACCCAGUAAAGCAACCUUUGGAGAUGAAGAUCCAGCUCGUUUGGAUGGUCGCAUCGAUGAUAGCCGGCGUGCUAGCGCCAUCUUCACGCUUCACUCCGUUCAAUCCGUUUCCAAUCGCCAAUCAAGAGCCAGCGCCAGUAAUGGUUCCAGUUGCUCUCCCCCCGUCCGAACCUUUCGAACUCCGAAAGGAUGCUGAGAAGCCUGUAGAUGGAUUUCGUCUAUUCGCCAUGUUUGUGGCUCAUCAUGAUCAGAUUGAAGAGAGCCCAAUCGACGUCACAAAGGAGCUCAUCGAGAAUACAUCCAAGAAACCCAUUGUCGCUAUCACCCGGACGGAUGUUCACGCGUUUCGGCUCGACAAUCUGACAGACCGCUCGCUCACAUACACCGUCCAGAUUGCAAGGACUGACAAGUGGAUCUGGGAAAAGGUUUUGCCACCCCAUGCAUCUCACUCUUUUUCUGUCGACACGACUGGGUUUAUUUGGAUACUUCGUGGCUAG